AUGGCUAUAUAUGGGAUGGGAGGUAUAGGUAAAACUAAACUAGCUAAGACAACUUACAAUAUGAACUUUGACAAAUUUGAUGGCAGCAGCUCUCUUGCUGAUGUAAAUAAAACUUCAGAAAGACAUGAUGGUCUUGUAAGUAUACAAAGACAACUUAUUUCAAGUGUUCUGGGGAAGAAGGUUGUGAAGAUAUACAAUGUCGAUGAAGGAGUCAACAAGAUUCAAGAGGCCACUCGAUGCAGAAGAAUUCUUCUUGUUCUCGAUGAUGUAGAUUAUAGAGAUCAGUUAAAUAUUGUACUUGGGAUGCGAUAAUAGUUUUAUCCGGGUAGUAAACUUAUCAUUACAACUAGAAAUCAGCACCUAUUUGAUGCUAGUGAGGUCUGCAGAUGUAAGAUGUAUAAGUUCAUGCCAUUGAAUGCCCAAGAAUCAAUUCGACUCUUCAGUUGGUAUGCUUUUGGAAAAGAACAACCUUCAGAAGAUCACAAGAACCUUUCAGAAAAUGUGAUACUUCAUUGUAAAGAGAUUCCUUUGGCUCUCAAAGUUUUAGGUUCUUCUCUUUGUGACAGAAGUAUAGAGGUGUGGGAAUGUGCAUUAAGAAAACUAAAGGCAAUCCCUGACAAUAAAAUCCUAGAAAAACUCAAAAUCAGCUAUGAUUUACUAUCAGAUGAUGAUGUACAAAAUCUGUACCUCGAUAUUGUCUGUUUCUUUGUUGGAAAGGAUAAAGAUUAUGUAGUUACAAUACUUGAUGGAUGUGGUUUUUCUCAGUAG